AUGGCACCGGUCGGGGAGGCGGCAAACGCCUGGGCGCAGGCCCAGGAGCAUUUUGCGAGCAAGAAGCCGGAGGAUGCCCAGAAGCUGGGCAGCGACUUGCAGGCGAAGGGCAAGGCCAAUGGCCUGAAGAUGAUCGAAGUGGCCGGGGCCAUCAUCGCCGCCACCGCCCACCUCUUCAAAGUGGCCUCAGGCGCGGACUUCUUGGAGGCGCUGCGCGGCCUGGGCGCCACGUGGAGCGAGGCGGCGGCGCUGCUGGCGGCGGGGGGAGCUGGCGGCGCCACUGGGCCCUGGGCCAAGGCCGCUGACUUGGCGAAGACGGUGGCCGGCAAGGCCGGGGGCGAGGCGGCCAAAGCGCUGAAGGAGGCUCUGGACGGCGCCAAGGAGCUGGGCCUCACCUGGACGGAGAAGUUUACCCCUGUCACGGUGGCCGACCUCAGCAGCUGCAAGCCAGAAGACGAGGCGGCUCUGAAGGCGGCCGCGGAGGCGCCAAAGAAGGUCUCCGACGCGCGGCAGAAGGCCGCGGCGCUGGUGAAGGCGACCUUUGCGCAGCUCGAGAUGGAGAACCCACAGCUUGAGGACGCCUUGAAGGACUCCAAGCAGGCCCUGGCCACCUUCCGUGAGCUGAACCUCUUGGAAGGGGAGGGCAGCGCGCUGCGGGCAGUGUCCGCGGCGAGUUUGGGGCAGGACGCCUUUGGGGCGCUGCAGGCGGCCAACCAGGCGCUGAAGACCUUCAAGGAGAUUGGCCAUGUCAAGGGCCAGGCGGCGGCAAUCCACUCCAUUGCCCUGGCGCAUAUGGGCAAGGACAGCACGGAUGAUUGCAUCUUCCGUGGUGGAGAAGCUUUGAAGCUCUCGCGGCAAGUGGGUGACAGGAUGCGGGAGCUGCAGGUGCUGUGCACCUUGGCGCAGGCCCAGCUGACGAUGGGCGGCAAGGCGUUGCCCCUGGCGCAGGAGGCGCUGGCCCUCGCCAGGAGCCUGGGGGACAAGCUGCUCGAGGCGCAGUGCCUCUGCCUCGUGGCCAAGGCCUCUGCGGAGAACGCGGCGGCGCCGGGGAACGAGGCGCUGGCCAUCUACCAGAGCCUGGGCCUCAAGGAGAAGGAGAGCGAGGCCGUGGAGGCCAUGGGCGGCGACCCGGCGGCGCUCAAGGUGGGCCAAGGCCUCGCGGACAAGUUCCGCCAGGCCGGCGACAAGAAGGAGGAAGCGGCUUGCAUGUACGUCAUCGCCAAGAUUCACAAGGAGAACCAGGAGUCCGACCAGGCGCUUCGUGCUGGCCAGGGCGCGCAUGCCAGCUACAAGGCCGCCAACGACCGCAAGGGUGAGGCGAAGACUUUGAAGCUUUUGGCGCAGAUCCGCCUGGACAAGGAGGAGCCGGGCGAGGCUUUGCGGGCGGCAGAGCAGGCCUGCGGCCUGUACCGAACCCUCACCUUCCCCAGCCGCGAGAGCCGCGACUCGGAGAUCGCCUGCCUCAAGGCCAUGGUGGACGCCCAGGCGGCCAUGGGCUCGGUGGACGAGGGGAUGCGCCUGGCAAUGGAGCAGCAGAGGCGCUUCAAGGGCCUCAAGGAGAAGAAGGGUGAGGGCAGCGCUCUGCUGAUGAUGGCGAAGCUUCACCACCUCCGAGGGGAGACCGAGGACGCGCUGAACGCUUUGGUGCAGAGCCCGGCCCUCUUCCUCGCCGUAGGCGACCGCAAGGGCGAGGGGGAGGCUUGGCUCCAGAUCGCCAAGAUCCACCUUGGCAAAGGUGACGCGCAACAAGCCCAGCGGUCCGCGGAGGAGUGUGCUCUUGCAUACAGGAAGCUGGGGGACAAGAAGGGCCGCGCGGAGGCGGCGCAGCUGGUGGCAGACGUGCACUUCGCGCUGGCCUCCAUUGGCAUGGGCAACCCCCAGGAAGCUUUGAAGGCGGCGCAGGAGGCGGUCCAGCUCUACCAGGACCUGGGCAACAAGCAGCAGGCUGCCAUCAGUCUGCACAUCUUGGCGAACGCCAACCUCAUGAACCGCAACUUCGAGGAUGCAUUGAAGACAGCCCAGGACGCCGAGACGGCCUUCCGGGCGCUGCGAGACACGGUGGGCGAGGCGGGCUCGCUGAUGCUGCAGUCGGGCGCCCACGUGGGGAACCGCGACUUCGAGGAGGCCAAGCGCUGCGCCAAGGAGUCCCGCGACAUGUUCAAGUCGGCGGGCGACUAUCAGGGCGAGGAUUCGAUUGAAGACUUCAUGGACCACGUGGAGGGCUACGAGAAAGGCCGCCAGAACCUGGACGACUUCCGUGGCUUCUCCAUGCGCCGCGCGGACCCGGGCAACGCCAAGGGGGCUCGCAGGGAGAGGGCGCCCAGGAAGCCCAGACAGAUGUCCAACAUCUCCGACAUCGAGCUGAUCAAGACGGACUCCUCAAAGGAAGGGAAGGUGACGCUGGCAUUCUUCGACGGCUUCGAGAGCCGAGCAGCAGGCGGUGGGCAGCGGCCUGCGCCCAAGGCGGCGGCAGGCGGUGACGGGGACAUGAAGGGCAUCGGCUUCACGCCAGAGAAGGAGCAGGUGCUCUACAGCGUGCGCUGGGUCCAGGCCUCCGCCAAGAGCGCGCCCGCCAAGAAGGUGGGCGGCCGCAGGGAGUUCGCCAAGGAGGAGGACAAGCGCUUAGUCUCCACUGCGCAGCUGGGUGCGCCCAAGGACAACUGGGGCGGUGCCUAUGCCAAGUCCGAGCGCCUGGAGGCAGUGAGUGGCAAGCGAGGUGUGUGA